AUGGAUUUGGCGUCGGUCAACGAGGAGCUCGCCGAGAUCGACGGGCAGAUCGCCGACAUCUUCCGCGCAUUGCAAAAUGGGUUCCAGAAGCUCGACAAGAUCAAGGAUGCCAACCGCCGGAGCAGGCAGCUCGAAGAGCUCACUGACAAGAUGCGAGAUUGCAAAAGUGUCCUUUAUAGGCUUAUCAAAGACUUCGAACGAGUUGUCAAAGAUGAGGCAGGCAGUGUUGAUCCCAACACUGCUAAAUUUCUGAACGAGAGAAAGCAGUCGCUGAUCAAGGAAUUGAACUCUUAUGUUGCUCUGAAGAAACAACAUGCAAGUGAAAAUAAGCGAGUUGAUCUUUUUGAUGCCCCAAGUGGUGAAGAUGCCUUUGGUGAAGAAAAUGUCCUGUUAGCAUCAAAUAUGUCAAACCAGCAGCUAAUGCAGCAUGGAGACAAUCUAAUGGAUGAGACUGAUCAAGCUCUCGCACGAUCUAAACAGACUGUCCAAGAGACGAUCAAUGUGGGUACAGAAACUGCAGCUGCUCUCAAAGCACAGACAGAGCAAAUGAGCAGGGUUGUUAAUGAGCUGGAUUCCAUUCAUUUCUCCAUGAAAAAGGCAUCAAAAUUGGUGAAAGAAAUUGGUAGGCAGGUUGCAACUGACCGCUGCAUCAUGGGAUUGCUUUUUCUCAUUGUCGCUGGAGUCAUAGCUGUAAUAAUUGUUAAGAUUGUGAACCCACACAACAAGGACAUUCCUGACCUCCCCGGGCUCGCUCCACCGGUCGGCAGAAGGCUGUUGUCUAUUGCAGAGGGCAAGUGA